AUUCUGCAGAUGAUUGUUUUUCGUGCUCAAGAUAUGGCUCGCCCUUUGAGAACUCUGAGUACGAAGGAGUUUCGACACUUCGCGAAUAAGGUUGGGAACCUUGAACGCCCAUUUCUGAAAGAAUUUUUUCCCCGAUGGGUGGGAUCUUGUGGCUGUCCAGUUCUACAGAUGGGAUUUUCCUAUAACAAACGAAAAAAUAUGGUCGAAUUGGCUGUCUUGCGAGCAUGUACUGCCACACCAGAUGUCAGCGCGGGUGUUCCCAAUGGUAAUCCUGAUUCCGGAAACGGUGAAGGAGAUGUUGGAUGGCCCGGAAUGAUGAGCAUACGGGUGCAUGAACUUGAUGGCAUGUAUGAUCAUCCAAUUCUACCAAUGGCUGGAGAAACUUGGCAGCUGCUUGAGAUACAGUGCCAUUCAAAGCUAGCUGCAAAACGCUUCCCAAAGCCAAAAAAGGGUUCUAAACCUGAUGGCUCUGAUGAUAAUGGUGAUGCUGUAUCUACUCUAGAUAUGCGCUCCAAUUCUGAUUCGCCCCUGUUAUGGCUCAGGGCAGAUCCAGAAAUGGAGUAUCUUGCUGAAAUUCAUUUUAAUCAACCUGUGCAGAUGUGGAUAAAUCAAUUGGAGAAGGACAGAGACGUUGUUGCUCAGUCACAUGCAAUACAGAUAUUAGAAGCGCUGCCACAGCUUUCAUUCUCUGUUGUUAAUGCUUUGAAUAAUUUCCUCAGUGACUCCAAGGCCUUCUGGAGAGUUCGAAUUGAGGCGGCAUUUGCAUUGGCUAAUACUGCAUCUGAGGAAACUGAUUGGGCGGGUUUAUUCCAUCUGGUUAAGUUUUAUAAAAGUCGGAGAUUUGAUGCGAAUAUUGGACUUCCCAAGCCAAAUGACUUUCAUGAUUUCCCAGAGUAUUUUGUACUUGAGAACAUUAGAAAUUCUUUGUUGUGCUUUCCCCUUGCAUCCUUGAGGUUUCAAUGGUGACUAUGGGGUGCAAAAUAGGUGGAUUGCUGUUUUUCAUACUCAUCAGCACCUGGCCUUUACAACAAAGGAAAAUAUUCCAAAAUCCAACUUGGAUGUUGUAAUUUAGCUCUAUUAGGUAUUGUGAUAAAGUUCUUUGAUUUGUCUUUCAACCUUUCAUUGGUGAGCAUUCAAAGUAACUGUAGGUUACAUAGUAAGGGUUGCUCUUUUUCAUGCUCAUGAACCUGCCAACUUGGAUGAUUGAGAGUAGUAGAUUUUGACUUUUGACUACUAAGAACAGCCUCCACCUAACCAAGGCCACAUGUACAGACACAAAAACCUUUUUGGCCUAUCCAUCUACAAAUAAAAGAAAAAGGCCUGAUUCCCUCAAUAGAGACUGCAUUUAUGCAAUGGACUGCAUUUUCAUCCCAAGUUCAGCAAAUCUGGGAAUUGACAAAUACCUUCGACUCCUGAAACUUCAUGAUGCAUAGUGGAAUUGUAUUUCAUAUUAAUGCAAAUGCAUUAUAGAAUAAAAAAUGUAGUAACCUAAAUUUAUUGGACAAGGCCUAGACUGUGUUUGUGGUUUAGGAUUCCGGUAUCGGCUAUCGACUCAAAGCCCAUAACUACAUCCAGCUUUUAUAUAUUUUUUCAAAGUGCUAAACUACCCUUAGUAUAGAAAUAACACAUAACAUAACAUUUUGAUAGACAUAGACAUGUAGUAGGAAAAAUAUUAGGCCAAAAUACAACU